AUGAUUAUAAAUAGUAAUGGAUAUACGUUGUGUGACCAUAUUGGCGUGCGAUCGGGUUCUGUAUACGUAGCAAAUGUGACCUCAAAUACUACCGGAGAGGUAUUAUUGAAAGAAUUCGAAACUGGCGUUAGUGAAUACGAACCAUGUAAGCUUGUAUAUAACGGAAAGGACAUACGACCUACAGACACUCUUGGAAAGCUUGGAAUCAAGAAAGGUGAUUUAGUUAAAGUAAUAUGGAGUGUAUGGGAAAAUUCUCUCACUAUUCACCCAUCAUUAGUUGGAGAAGCUAAGGAAGCUACAAGGAGUUCAAUGUUAAUUUAA